GGAAGCGCGCGCCGACCUGCGGAGCGGCGACCGGGGGCGACUGGCUCGCUCGGCAGGCGCGCGCACCGGCGGUGCUCACAGGUGGGCGACUCCGCCCGGCACUCCCGAGCCUGCCGUGCGGGGUCGCAGGCUCAGCCGCGCCCAGGGGAGUCGGUCCUCCUCCCGGUCCCCGCCUCUGUCGGGAGGGCAGGUAACUUCCCCGCCAAGGUCAUUCUCCAGGCCCGCCCACGCCCUCGGAGCGGCGGGUUCGGAGUGGGCUGGACGGGCGACCUCGGGGCUGCUGGGGCUCCUGGCAUCCCCGGGCCGGUGGGUGGUUGCAGCGCCAGGGCGUCGCUGCCUGCACCUGCGAGGGCGUUGGCGUUAAUGAGAAGCAAGGAUGUGUUUACAGGAUGUGAGUUGAGUUCUUGCCACCUUUACCUUCUGUGAGCUUCUUAUGCCUCAUGGUGACAGGUACAAAUCCGUACACUAAAGGGCAAUAUGAAGCCAGUCAAAAAAAAGAAAACCGAAGAACCUGAAUUGGAGCCCCUGUGCUGUUGCGAAUACAUAGAUCGAAAUGGGGAAAAGAACCACGUGGCUGCCUGUUUGUGUGAUUGUCAAGACCUCGAUGAAGGCUGUGACAGAUGGCUUACCUGUCAAUCACUUCGGCCGGAGACUUGCGAAAGAAUCACGGAUACAAUUUCUGACCGCCUCCGAAUUCCUUGGCUCAGAGGAGCCAAAAAGGUUAAUAUUAGCAUCGUCCCUCCACUUGUGCUUUUGCCGGUUUUCCUUCACGUGGCUUCCUGGCACUUCCUGCUGGGGGUGGUGGUUCUGACCUCCCUUCCCAUGCUGGCACUCUGGUAUUACUACCUCACUCACAGAAGGAAAGAACAGACGCUGUUUUUCCUGAGCCUCGGGCUGUUCUCACUGGGCUACAUGUACUAUGUGUUCCUGCGGGAAGUGGUCCCCCAAGGGCGCGUGGGGCCCACUCAGCUGGCCCUCCUAACCUGCGGGUUACUUCUGAUACUCUUAGCCUUGUACCGAGCCAAGAAGAAUCCAGGCUACCUCAGCAAUGACAAAUCCCCAAGCAACAGCCAAAUUGAAUGCCCGGUCAAAAAAGGGCAGGAGAAGACCAAAGGGUUCCCCGGCACAGACGCCUCGGGGAGCCUCAACAACCGCACACUGAAGGACGAUGUUAGGGGUUCCUCCAGGGUGGGGCUUGACAGCCCUGCCAAAGUGAAGGAAGACUGGUGUGCCAAGUGCCAGCUAGUACGACCCGCCCGGGCAUGGCAUUGCCGGAUAUGCGGUAUCUGUGUACGGAGAAUGGACCAUCAUUGUGUCUGGAUAAAUAGCUGCGUCGGAGAAUCAAACCAUCAAGCAUUUAUACUUGCCCUUUCCAUCUUCUUGCUCACUUCGGUUUACGGAAUAUCGCUGACCUUGAACACCAUUUGUAGGGAUAGAAGCCUCUUCACAGCCCUCUUCUACUGUCCUGGAGUUUACGCUAAUUACAGCUCAGCCCUGUCCUUCACCUGUGUGUGGUACUCUGUGAUCAUCACAGCCGGCAUGGCCUACAUCUUCCUCAUCCAGCUGAUAAACAUCAGCUACAAUGUAACGGAGAGGGAAGUGCAGCAGGCCCUUCGCCAGAAGACAGGGCGCCGGCUCCUCUGCGGGCUCAUCGUGGACACAGGCCAGUACAACAGGGGCUUCCUGCGCAACUGGCUCCAGUUCUCCACCCUGGGCACACACACAGUCCACACCCCCGCCGAAGACAUCGUCUGAAGUGCCUUCCGCGCAGCUCUGCGGGACAUUCCUGUCCUUUCCAUUUCACACGUCAGUGUCCAUGCAGGAUUCAUUUCCACCGCCCACUUCUCAGAGGGACUGGAGGGCUAUACUCAGGUUUGGAGAGAGGACUGGAGAAAGGGCCAUUUUCUUCUGCCUUUAUAACUUACGGGAGUUUAGUCCUGAAGCCGCGAGACAGAGCCAUUCCUUCCUGUCACCUUGCUGACUCAGGCACCAGAUGCUGCACAGAGGCUGUGGCUCACUCAAACCAUUCAUGUAAGUAAGGAUGUUAGUUAGAACUCGGGGCAUUUCUCGCCCUCCUUUCAAUUCUUAAUAGCCAUAUGACCCCUCGGUAGAGUCACUUUUCCCGAGUCUCAGGUUCAUCUGUAUGGGGGCUUCUGCUGCCUGGCUACCUCAUGGAGCAGCCAUGAUGGCCACCUGAGGAGGGAUGUGGAAACACUCCAGCCCAGUCAAGCACUCAAAGGAAUCCGGCAUCAGGAAAUCCCGGGGACCGAAGCAGACCGCCUGUCGGUCAGAACAUUGACACCGAUACUAUUAAGACGGUCAGUUUGUACAGUGGCGGAAAUUCUCCGUGUUAGACUUUGUUCUCACAGGUUAGCAAUGACGAGAGGUCAAGAGGUCAUCUUGUCUUGAGAAGGACAGCUGAUGAAGAUUAUGUGCGCAGUGUGGAAUGGGAAGAAAUUUAUUUAUUUGUUAAUAUAUCAUCUUAUAGUUAUUAUAAUUCUAACAAGUUUUUCCCUCCUUCCAUGUUUUACCUGGAUGAGGCGCUAGCACACUGGUAGUGGUGGCUGGAAGGUGAGGAGACUGUCCUGAGAACACUGCCCCUCUUCUGUGGCUGUGGAGGCUGGUUACUAUCAAGGGCUUGAUUUUUUAUUAUUGUUCAUGUAUUUCCAGUGCUGUAGGUUUACGGCACUGAAUGGGAACAUCAGCCUACCAUGAACUCUCUCCGGGGUGACUGACACCUUCCCACGUCCACACGGCUACUCACUAAUCCUCCCUAGGAACACGCAUCUCACUAGGAGAGAAGAGCAUGGCACAUGCACUCCCCAGUAUGGAACAGAGCAUUGCUUUCCAGCUCUUCCCCAGGACUAAGAUGAUUCCUUUGUGUCUCAGAACUGAAACUUGGAGAAGUCUGCAGAUUGGGCCCUCAUUCUGCCAUAGAAACAGGAGGAAAACUCCAUCUUGAAAGCAUUUGUCUUUUACACUUGUACUGUUUCGGGAUCCCAAAGAUAAUCUGUGAGACCUUAAAUUUGCCUUGGCCUUGUUGCUUCAUAGAGGAGAAACAGUACUUUGUGGGUUUCUUGUUGGUUGCUGUUCUGUGCCUGCUUGUACACACUGAGGAAAUGCCCCGCCUCUUGAGUUAGUCUGCCCUUAGCGCCGCGUGCCACCCUGAGACUUGCCAUUAACCAGGGCUCUCCUGAAGACAGGUACCACAUUUUCAUUCAGGCUUGUCAUUGAUCUCCCCAGAUAGCUAUUGUUUAAUAAACAAUAGACUCCAUAUUCCACUGGGUAAGCCAGAGCGAGCUUGGGGAUGUUUGCUGACUGCAGUUUCUACGGCAAUGCCUGUCCCUGGUCUAGAUUCAGACAUUCAUUUAGAAUGAGAGUUGGCGUGGAUACAACUAUUUUCUGUCGUUGUGGGUUUUAGGUAAGAGAGAUGGUAGUAAUGUCAAAGACAGCGUAUGUGGGCAGAAAUUGGUAGUUUUCAUGUCUCUUGAAUGCCAGGUACAUAGCCAACUUUGAAUGUCUAACUGCUGAGAAAAUUUACAGAAAUCGGAUAGUCAGUCCAUGUGCCUGCUGCCUCUUGAGCUUGCCACUCAAGGGUCACAUGAAUGAGGCCACUCAGUUUCCCUCAAAUGGACAGGGAUUCCUUGUUGGCUUUGUGGCUCACAGGAAUUAAGAAGCUGGGACUUUUCUUUUUAGAUUUUAUUUUGCGUGUGUGUGUGUGUGUGUGUGUGUGUGUGUGUGUGUGUGUGUAUAGGGGAGGCCAGAAAACCUCCCCUGGAGCUGGAGUUAUAAGCAGCCAUGAGUCAGCUAUCCUGGGCACUGAGAACUGAACUUGGUCCUCUGGAAGAGCAGCACGUGCUCCUAACUGCUGAGCCAUCUCUCUAGCCUCCAAAGCUGACGUUUCUGGAGAACUUUGACGGUUUGCAGAACGAAGCUCAAACCUGUAAAGGGCUCAGUCCGCUCAUUCGUUUGUUUUUUACACAUGUACUGUUUCUGGGAUUCCAAAGAUCAGAGAUAAUUUGUGAGACCUUAAAUUUGCCUUGGCCUUGUUGCUCCGUAGAGGGGAAAUGGGAACUGUGCACGCAGCUUUUUGCAGUUGGUUUCUAAGAGACAGUCUACAAUCAGACCUUUGUGCUUUAUGAUCUUAAGAUGUUUGUGGGAUUCUGGCAUUCUCCAGACAGUAGAUUUUUUUCACUUGGAGUCUUCAAAAAGGCAAGCCCUUUGUGAGUGGGUUGUCCCAAGCAUCCGUGGAUAAGCUAGCAGUCCCUUGACCAUGGGAGCAAGAACUCCCCACCAAAGUGACUCCAGAUAAGCAGGUCCUCUUGUCCUACAUCUAAGCUUCAUAAAGAUCCCUCCCUGUUCCCAUCCUUUAUGUUACUGCCAUACUGUCAUGUAUAUUCCCAGGAAAGAAGACAGAGCUUGCUUCUGAAAAACUCAAGGGCAAACACUAGGGAUGAAGACUGGAAGGAAGGAGGAAUUCCUUCCUUGGUAGAAAAGUGUUUUAGGAGCUUACAAAGUACUGUGUAGGUCACCCUCACUGCCUCGUCGGCAAGCCACUCUGACACUGCUAAAAUGAAGCCUUAAAUGUGUUUUGGGGACAAUGCUGUCUGCUCCCUCAACCACAUAGUUGCUAGGAUAUUGUAAAUCUCUGCUCUCCCAGUGGCAUUUUCCUCUGAUGAAUGCACUGACUGUUUGUUGUCCACUGUACCGCCUGCCUGGAAGGCAACUGCUGUAAGCUUGCUCUCUUACGCAAUACUCCUUGGUACUCUAAUAUUUUUAGCAAAAGAAAACUUUGUAUUCAAGAACUUCCCACUGCCAGAAAACACAAUUCCAGUAAGAGUCUAUGUAAUACUGAUAUCUGCCUGCCUGACUUCCUUCUUUUGGGUAGGACAUCAGCUUUUAUUAUUAAGCUCAAUUGACAGAAGUGAAAACUUGUAGAAGCACAGCUUUAACCAUGACGUCUAAUAAAAGCAAUGCUCCACGCACUCACUCGUUGCUUUAAACUAGCCGAGUAGAUUUCUGUGACGGAACUUCCCGUUAGCCAUAUUUUGGUACCCUGCCUUUCGAAAAGGACACUUCUCAAACAAGCAGCGGGUUCGAGUUGUGCUGCUUGAAGCCUGGUUUGCUCAGCGUAACUUUGCAGGUGAACUGUUUCAUGUUAAACACGCAGAGGCCGUGUGGUGGGAAUGAAAGCCAUGCUGACUAAACUGAACACCAAAUGAAACUCAGUGUGUUCUUGUGAGUGUUUGCUGAGAUUCAUGGAACUGUCCAGAAGCAGCGGCCAGACUGAGUCCUGUUGCUGUGAGCUGGCUCUGAGCAUUCCACUGUAGGAACAGCAGGCUGAAUGGUGAGCAGAGCACAUGGCUCUCGCCACAUUGGGCUUGAGACUUCUAAGUAGUGGAGAUGUCCUGGUGUCGCGUUUCACCUUUAAAAACCCCUACUUAAAAGGCAAAGCUUCAAACCCAGAGCUAGUCUGCUCUAAUGGUACAAACGAAAGCCUUUCAGGCAGAGCCACUGACAAGAUGCCAUGUCAGAGCAGCCAACUCAAGCUUGUGCCAGAGUCUGGGUGAUUGGAUGACGUGUGAUGUCUUUGGGGCCUUUUCGUGAUCCGAUUUCUGUGUCUGAUGGUAGAGUAAGUGAAUCCUGGGAAUGACUUUAAUAUUAAAUUCAGUAUUUGAUAUGGAUGGCCUACAACAUGAAGUAGGAUUCCCGAAGCCAAGCUGAGGCUGAGGGCUGGGCUCUACUCUUUUUGUCCCUUUGUCUACAUCUUAGCCUUUAAAACUGGAAUUUUACAAACUCCUGCCUUUUGUGCAAAAUAAUGUGACCACAUUGUUUAAAAGGAAAAUAAAGUGCUUUCUUUUAUG